GCUGCGUUAAGCAGGCGUACCGCGCUUCGUUUCUUGCGGACAAUUUGUUGUCCCAUGUUGAACAGCUCCAGAGCUCCAGAGCGGUACGUCGAGCGCAGUGUAUCGGUGGUGUUGUUAGGGAUGGAAGAUUACUGGUGCGAACUAGUGUGGUGUUUGUGGGUAAAAAUCUCAGCCAAAGCAGGGAAAGUGCCGUGUGCUAGAUCACCAUCUGUACGGUGUACGUCAGUCAAUUGAAGAUGAUCAGCGUUGAUUGAGAUGCGCACCCCGGGAUAAGAAUAGCAAAUCGAGAUAAUAUGGCCAACUGUGGAGUGUGUGAUGCUGCUGCAUCGUUCCGGACAUCUCGAUCCCGGUUUGCGAUGACAGUUGGCCAGCAGUAUUCGGCGUUCGAGCAGCGCCAUGACGGAGGUCAAGGCAUCGCGUGGACAUUGGGCCUCGAAAACGGAGUUCAUCCUAUCGUGCAUUGGUUAUGCGAUCGGGCUGGGCAAUGUGUGGCGCUUCCCGUAUCUGUGCUAUCGGAACGGUGGUGGAGCAUUUCUAGUGCCGUACCUGUUGAUGCUGGUCCUGUGCGGAAUACCGCUGUUCUUUCUGGAAACGUGUCUCGGACAGUUCAGUGGAACCGGGUGCAUUACGGUGUUCAAGAUCGUUCCACUGCUCAAGGGGGCCGGGAUCGCGAUCGUGGUGAUUAACUUCAUCUGCACCGGGUACUACAACGCGAUCAUAUCCUACCCGCUACUAUUCCUGUGGCGAUCGCUACAGGCACAUCUGCCAUGGGAAACGUGUGAAAACGCUUGGAACACGGAUCGAUGUCUGGAGCUGCGGGGUGAGCAUCAUGUGGAGCUGUUUCUCAACAACAGUGGACUAAGUGUGGCGGAUCGGUACCGUACACCGGCGGAUGAGUUUUUCCACAAUGAAAUUCUUCACAUCUCCGAAGGUAUCGAUCACAUGGGAGGCAUCGUGUGGCCCCUGCUGUUGUGCGAUAUCCUCGCCUGGAUAGUGAUCUUUUGCUGUAUCGCCAAGGGUGUCCAAUCGGUCGGUAAGGUGGUGUACUUCACGGCAACGUUUCCGUUCGUAAUCCUUGCGGUGCUGCUGGUGCGCGGUGUAACACUGCCGGGUGCGAUGGAGGGCAUCAAGUUCUACAUUAUGCCCCAGUGGAGUCAGCUGCUGAAUCUGCGUGUGUGGGCCGAUGCGGCCAUACAAAUUUUCUUCUCGCUCGGACCUGGCUGGGGUGGGAUAGUGAAUAUGGCGAGCUACAAUCACUUCAAAAACAACACCAAGCUGGACUCGAUCAUCAUACCGAUCGUGAACUGUGGGACAAGCAUUUUGGCCGGGUUUGUGGUGUUUUCUGUGCUGGGUUACUUUUCGCAUCAAACAGGUCUUCCAGUUGCAACGGCUGCUACCGGCGGACCUGGACUGGCUUUCAUCACGUAUCCGGAGGCAAUCAGUAUGCUUCCGCUAUCUCCACUGUGGGCUUGCCUGUUUUUCAGUAUGUUAUUCUUUCUCGGAGUUGAUAGUAUGUUCGUCCAGAUAGAAGCCAUCGUUUCCUCGGUGUUGGAUGUCUUCCCCGUUUUGCGUACGAUGAAGCUACUGAUAACGGCUGGGACAUGUUUUCUACUCUUUCUGCUGUCAUUGGCCUGCGUCACACGGGGUGGAAUGUAUCUGGUGCAGCUGCUGGACUGGUAUUCGGCGUCAAUUUCGGUGAUACUGGUUUGCAUUGUAGAGGUCAUUGCCGUGGCAUGGAUAUACGGGUGUGACAGGUUUGUUCGCGACGUCGAGUUCAUGAUCGACCGUAAGGUGGAACAAUUUUGGAUACUGUCAUGGAAAUUCAUCACACCGAUCGUGCUGACUUUUAUUUUCAUCACUACAAUCGCGUACAAUACUGAGGUGUCUUACAAUGGAUUAUCGUACCCGCGAUGGGCAAUAGGAGUCGGUUGGGCAAGCUGUUUGGUCUCCAUGCUGUGCAUUCCAGCAUUCGUUAUCUACAAGCUGAUGAUCACAAAAGGAACGUUGAUGAAGCGUUUGAAGAGUCAACUAAAGCCCCUUGAUUGGGGCCCAGCCGAUGCUUAUCAGCGUGCAUUGUGGAGCGAUACUGUAGAAUGCGUUCAGUAAAAUAAACGAUACCUUCCUAUCAUACCGAAA